AAGGAACGGGGCAACGUUAAAAAAAGGAUUGUUUUAGCUAGCGGUAACAUUCGCAUAACGCAGCCGUUAUUUUUAUACUUUUUACGUUGCUUUAGUAUCCUGCAUUAUGAACCUAUCUGUGAAAGAAGUGUUUUAUUGUGCAACGUAACAAAUAGGUGGUUAAACGUUUAUGUUUUUGUUGUUUUUUUACUGUUAAAACCUGUUGUAUUCCUGCAUAGUAAAAGUUACAGUGUGCUAAAAUGCCUACUGAGUUAAAACAGAGGAAGAAGUCACAAAAACAAAGCGAUGGAGUGUCCGAAACGUCGGCUGCAAAUGGCAAAGAUGAAGGGCAAAAAGUGAAGACAGAAGCUGGAAACAAUUUAGGAGCCAACAAAACGUCGUCGAGUUUGGAUAUAAGAAGUAUUAUGUGCUUAUUGUCGCUUGCAGCAUGCGGGGCUCUGAGUUGGGUGGUGCUACAGCAAAAUGAAAGGUUUUCCGAAAUUGAAGAAAAGUACAAGUCAUUACACGGAAAGACUUCAAGUCUCUUCGACAUGGAGGAAGAAGUCCUAAAGGUUUCUAAAAAGCUCGCCACCUCUGAGGAGGACCUACAGGAGGCGCUUUCCACUGUCUCCUUGGCAACACGACUCCAGCAGGACAUCUCCACCCUCCACGCUGCCGUCAUGGUGAUUCAGGCCGAUGAGAACUCCGCCUCCCGUGGCCUGCAGACGGUCAACGCCCACUUCCUCAAUGUGACGGAGACGUGGCAGGAGCGUCUGGCCGCCAUCACCUCUGACCUGUCUGCCCUCAAGGCCGAGUCACGGGAAGCUCACAGCGGUGCCACAGAGCAGGUUAACGAGGCCGAGCGGAGGGCCCGGUCUCUGGCGGAGAAGUUGGAGGAGCUUGAAGACAGCACAAAGAGGAAUGCCCGAGCUCUGGAGCGCACUGAGGGAGACGACAUCCAGCGAAUACAGGAUCAUCUGGACUGGAACACCAAGCAGAUCCACAAACUGGAGGAGCAGAUCAGCAGCCUGAUCAAAAGGGAGGCAGAGCUCAACUCCCAGCUCCAGGAGCACAUUCCCCGGGCACAGGAGUGUGAAGAGCACCUUCCUCAGGUGGAAGAGGCGGUGCGCACCAUCCUGAGGCUGGCAGGUGAUCUGAGUGGGGCAGAAAAACGUCUGGAAGAGGUGACGUUACAGGUGUUUGGGACUGAGGAUAGCAUGCUGAAAGCACUUAAUGAAAUCAUUCAAAUCAGACAAGAUCUGGACACCCUGCAGGCUCAAAACAGCAUCCUGAAGAUGAAGAAUGAGUUAUCCGUGGUUAAAGAGGCUGUCCGUGAACUCACCAUGGUGCUAAGGGAAAAUACAGCCGACAGCCAAAAGGACUCUGACACUUUGGAGGAAGAAGCAUGGACAUAUGAUGAGGAGGAGGAGUGGGAAAAAGAUGAGACAACUCAACUUCUACAUGAUGACCUCACUGAAUGAUGUCUUUGUAUUGAGUCUAGGGAAAGGAAAAAGGAGUGGCCCUCUUUUACUCUCGGCUGUAAAAGGCAAUCAAAGUGUUAAUGUCUUUCAAAAUGUGCAUCACAAAAUCAAGAUUUUUAUUUUUUAUUUUAAUAUUAGUUUAAUGUGGUUGUGACAAAUAUAAGUUUCUUUAGGCAUAUACUACAUGCCACAUUACGUGGAGUAAUAGUUGUAAAACAAUAUCUACGCCAGUCUUUCCAGAUAUAACUGCAUUAGAUCUGAAACGUUAGUCGAUUUAAUCAGUUAAGCAAUUUCAUGACAUUGCCUUAAAAAAAUAUAAUGGGCAUUUUUCACAAUUGCUGACAUUCUUUUAGACUAAAUGAAUCUUUGAUUAAUCAAGAAAAAAAUUGUGAGUUGCAGCCCUAAACUACUUCUUUGUCAGUUUUAUCAUCAUCUCAUGUUAAGUACAUGAAUAGCUUUUGUAGACGUGCAAUAAAUCUUAAUGUUUUUGAUAACUAUCAUAUUUCCAUCUGAUUUUGGCUUCACCUGUUCAAAGCUUGUCACUCAUUUCAUCACUGAACUUAUUUAAUAAAAUCUUUUCAUUUGUU